AUGGAGCUAAAUUUGGUCAACGAGUUGAAAUCGGACUCCGAUUUUCUGGUCAAGGAGAAACCUGCGCAAUCGGAGAGCUUCAGAGAGAGUAAAUUCUGUUUAUUUCUAUAUCACGGCGAGGUGGCCGGGAUGGUUGAUGCGAUGGCGUCUGGCUGCGUGCCGGUGGUGAUCGUGGACCGUCCGAUUCAGGACUUGCCGUUGAUGGAUGUUUUGAUAUGGUCCGACCUGGCUCUGGUGGUGGCAGUGCGCGGCGCCGGGCAGCUGAAACAAAUUUUAUCGGAGGUGAGCGAGGAGAAGAUCGCGGAGAUGAGAGAAAUGGCUAUGGCGGCGAGCAAGCAUUUAGUGUGGAACGAGGAGGCGCAGGCGAUGGAUACUUUCAACAUGUUGAUGUAUCGGCUGUGGCUGAGACGGCACGCUGUUAGGUAUGCGCGGAGAUGA